AUGUGUGUGCUAUUUCAGCCAAUUUGCCAGGUCCGUUUCACGAACGUGGCCACAGUAAGACUGAAGGUCCACGGAGAGAGAUUCGAAAUAGCCUGUUAUAAAAACAAAGUUGUAAACUGGAGAUCAGGUGUGGAAACCGACAUACAGGAAGUGCUGCAAUCGCCAUAUAUAUUCACGAACAUUUCUAAGGGGAAGCUGGCGAACAACAAUCAGCUGAUGAAAGCAUUUAACACCACAGAUAUAAACAAGAUCACGAAACAGAUAUUGGAUAAAGGCGAGUUUCAAGUUAGCAGCGAGGAGAGGAAGCAGAUACUGGAGUCAACGUUCAGAGACAUAGUGUCAAUUCUCCACGAACUGACGGUUAACCCAAACACAGGAAGGCCGCUGACGAGGACGCUGCUGGAAAACGCACUCAAGUCGAGCGGCUUCAGCGUAUCGCUGAACGAGCCGCCCAAAAAGCAGGCGUUGAAGGCAGUGAACCUGUUGCAAAAGAAGUACCCGGAGAGCAUAGCAAGGUGCAAGAUGCGGCUGCAGAUAAACUUCAGACUAGACCAGUACGAGGAGGUGAUGGACUUCUUCCAGAACAAGGACAUCAUAAUUGAGCAGAAUACAAUAAACGGAUCAAGGAACAGCUCAGCGUCGUGCACGCCGAUAAGAUUUGAUUACCCGAGUAAGAAGAGCAAGAAGGGUGAAGCAGAGGGCGACAACUCGCAAGAGUCUAACGGCCCUGCCUCCGAGAGUGGCCACGCCGAAGACCCGAAGGAAAAGAUGGAGUUCAUACUCUUCCUGUGUCAGCCGAGCCUGUUCAGAGAGAUCGAAAACUUCGCAAUGAAUAGGCUGGAGCCCUCAGGAACCCUGCAGCUGAUCGCAUUGAACAUCAAGGACUCGAGCAACGCGCCAGUGUCGACGCCAGUGAGGACGAAGAACAGGGCCGAUAACGAGGAGUCUGACGAGCUGCUCCUCACCAAGGUCGACAGCCUGAAGCUGAGUCAGUCCGACGGAGUGGAGUUAGACAGCGACUCAAACAAGGAGGACCUCUCCUGCCCAAACAGCCAAACGUGCGUCGACAACGUCGACGUCGGCGAGGGCGCAGCCAAGGAGGACUCCGCCGACCCCAGCCACGCCAGUAAGAGGAGGUGUCUCAACUGCAACUUGGAGUUCGAGGACAACGGCUUCUACAGAAAACACUUCAAGUCCGACUUCCACGUGUUCAACUCGAAGAGGAAGCUCCAGGGGCUGGCUCCGAUCAGCCAGGAGGAGUACCACCACCUCCACUCAAACUUGCUAUAG